CGCAAGGCGGUGUUAGCGGCGGCCGGCGGCGUCUGCUGCGGCGAGGCUCACGCGUGUCAGGUGAUGCAACCGCGGCCUAACUAGCCCAUAAGACACCCAAGAAGACGAAGAACAUGCCGGGAGGCGUGUGGAUAAGUGUGUGAAUAGGCAGCCGAGGAGGUCAAGACAAUAAGUAAUAUGCUGGUGUGGCGGCGGCUGACAGUGGUGGUGGGGGCGCGGUGCCACGGCCCGGCCCAGGCACUGCUGCCCCCCUGCACCCCCAGGCACCUCGCCACCUCGGGGCACCUGCUGGCCAAGACAAAGCGAGCCUCGGCGCGGGGUAAGACGCAGCCACAGUCCAGCCACCUGCAGCAGCUGGUCCUGGCAGACACACACUACAUGGAGAAACAGAAGAACGAAAUCCUCAAGACAUUCCCGAAUGUGAAAGCAACGGUGAAAAACAUGUUCCAUAAUUUGUCUACCAACCUCAACAAGAAAUACAGCAUUGAGGAGAAGACGUCUGCGAUGGGCCGGAUCAACCACCAGCUAGUGUUCCAGUGCACCGUCGCUCUUACCUGGCCCCACCCCGCCACCUUCACCGGCUACGGGUUCAACAAGAAGAACGCAGAGAUUAGCGCUGUUAUCAAGGCUGCGGAGAUGCUGUACAAAGGGAACUACCUCACAGCGUCGGGCUACCCAGUCACGGCGUCGGUCGAGGAGCGUCAGGAACGGCUCAGGGAGUGGAACCUGCCGCCCACUAUCACCGUGCCCACCGCCACCCACCAGGAGGGCCUCACGCUGCUUCGCCACUAUGAGGAGGAGGUGCAGCCACUGAUGGAGCGGGUGCGGGAGGAGGUGUCGCCGCCCCUGCCUGGCAUGGGACUGGAGGCCGGGGAUGAGGAGGGGCUUAUGGCGGGGCUGGAGGAGGAAGGCCUGUCACCACUGCACACCACAAUGGAGGCCAGGCAGCAGGAGGAGGCGCCCCGCAGCCUGCUGACAGGGCAGCGGCUCAACCAUCAGCAGGAGAGGGACUCAGAGUACCGCAGCCAGUACCUCCGCCAACUGCUGGAGAAGAGACGCCUCCGCCAGGCUGCCCGGGAAGAGGAGAGGGAGGGGCGCCCGACGCUCCCCAUGCUGCAGUACAGAGACGAGGUGCUCACAGCCCUGCAGGACAAGCGUGUGCUGGUGGUUUCUGGCGACACUGGCUGCGGGAAAAGCACACAGGUCCCACAGAUGAUCCUGGACCAGUGGGUGGCAGAGGGCCAAGGGGCAGAGUGCAACAUCCUGGUGACACAGCCCCGCCGCAUCUCAGCCAUCUCCCUGGCCAAGCGUGUGGCUAGGGAGCGCAACGAGGCGCUUGGCGAGAGCAUAGGUUACCACGUGCGUCUGGAGCAUCGGCCGGUCAAGGGCAGCGGCGGCGUCAUGUUUUGCACCACCGGGAUGCUGCUGCAGGGCCUCCACGCCAACCCAGGACUGGCUGGCGUGUCGCAUGUGAUCGUCGAUGAGGUGCACGAGCGCUCCGUACAGACCGACAUCCUGCUGAUCCUUCUCCGCCGCCUCCUCCACCAGCGGCCAUCCCUGCGGCUGGUCCUCAUGAGCGCGUCCUUGAGCACACAGCAGAUUCUCCAGUACUUCGAGAGGGAUGAAGCAGCACUUAUCAAAGUCCCCGGCACUCUCUACCCCCUCAAGCGCCACUACCUCCCGGCGUCGCUAGAGGUCCUCGGCAUCAACCCUCGGCGCCACAACCUCACCGCCCUAAUGGAGCCUGAGUCACUGCCGAUGGUAAACGUGGACUUGAUCAUUGAUGUCAUCCGGUCCAUUGACAAAUCCCGACCUCCUGGCGCUGUUCUCUGCUUCCUCCCGGGCUGGCAGGACAUAUCGGCGGUCCAGACGAGGCUACAGAAGAAUUUCGGCUUAGGGCGGAGGCUGUGUGUUCUGCCGCUGCACUCACGCCUCCCCACGGAAGAGCAGGAGCAGAUCUUUGAGCCGCCGCCACAUGGAAAGAGGAAGGUGGUGCUGGCAACUAACCUGGCGGAGACGAGCCUCACCGUGACGGACGUGGUGUAUGUGGUGGACGCCGGCUUCCAGAAAGAGCACAGGUACAACAGCAAGAAGGACAUCAGCGUUCUCGGCAACCACUGGAUCUCCCGCGCCAACAGCCAGCAGCGGGCAGGGCGGGCGGGGCGCGUUCAACCAGGGGAGGUGUUCCAUCUGUACUCCACCGAGGUCCACCAAGACAUGUCCCAAUUCCCGGUGCCUGAGAUCAUGAGGAUACCGCUGGAACAUGUCAUCCUGCAGUGUAAGGCUCACUGCGGCGAUGAGAGCGUGAGAAGCUUUCUGGCGGAGGGGAUCAGCGUACCGUCGCGCCGCCUAGUCUCCAGCGCUCUCACCACACUGGAGCGUCUGGGUAUGCUGACGCCCGACCGCAGGCACACCACCGAGCACCUCACCGCACUCGGCAGACGGGUGACGCACUUCUCUACGCCCCCGCACCUGUCCAAGGCCAUGGUUCUAGGGUCUCUGUUCAGGUGUGUCGACCCGGUCCUGUCCAUCUCGGCCAUGAUGUCAGGGGGUCGGGGGGUCUUCCACAACAGCAUCGACCUCCGCGCCAAGAACAGAUUGGUCAAGCUGGCUGCCGACCCCACCAGCGACCUCCUUGCCCUGUACGGCCUGCAGCAGGGGUGGCGACUCUGUGACGGCUAUGAGGAGAAACUGUACUACUGUAAUGAACGGAACCUCAGCCAUAGAUAUUUGAGGUUCAGUGACGGCAUCAAGCAGGUGUACGCCACUCACCUAUAUGACGCGCGGCUGCUGGACCGAGAGGAUGUGAGGUCGGAGUUCUCGCGGUGGAACAUUAACCGCCAUAAUGGACAGUUGGUGCUUGGUGUGCUGCUGGCCGGGGCGGGGGCGGGGCGGCUCCUGCACUACCACCGGGGAUCCUACAGCAAGGGCAUCCUCAACCCGGAGUCCUUGGCUAUUAAGAGCAGGCAAGGCGAGUACAUAGACACAGGGAGCGACUGUGUGCUGCACCAGCCCCCAAAGAACACCACCUCCCUGCCCCCACACCUGCUCUGCCUCAACCUCAGCCGGGAUGCAGUCAACCGGAGGACAGUGGCACGUGACCUCUCCCUGCUGCAGCCCCUCACUGUGGCGCUGUUUGCUGGGGACGAGCUGGAGGUCACCGAGGGGAUGUUGUGCAUUAGUGUGGAUGGUCAAGACGAGUGUUCUUUCCAGGUGGAUGAGAGGACCGGGCAGUUCCUCCUCCAGCUAAGGGCGGCCCUGGACGAGGCUGUGGGCUACCUGGUGGACACUCGCGGCCUGCACGCCACACCUUCCGAGGCCGACCGAUUCUGUGAGGACCUGGUGAGCUUCGUGAGUAAGCUGCUGACGACACAAGGGGAAAAGAAGGCGAUUAGGGUGGGGGACGGUGAUGAUAAUGAGGAGGAGGAGGAGGAGGAGGAGCCAUUGUCGUAUAGAAAAAGGAAAAACAACCAUAUAGAGAAGUGGUAAGAGACUAAAUGAGGGGUGAGAUAGAUAAGAGGAGGAGAAAGAUGAGGCAAUAUACAGAAAGAGAAAAUGAACACAGGAAUGAUAAAGAAAAAGCCAUAGGAGAAGAAAAUGAAGACAAAUAGAGAACACAUAGAGAGAAUUGGUAAAGACAAGUGAGCUAGAUAAGAGGAGAAAAAUUAGCAAUAUAUGGGAAGAGAAAAAGAACAGGAAUGAUGAAGAAAAAGCCAUGAGAAAAUAAAAGAAAGCAAAUAGAAGAGGAAAUCAAGGAAUCCACAAUCAGUCUACAACAAAGAACAGCUCUAGUCUCUUGCCAUACAGUCUCUGGUCUCAAUAACAGUGUAUUUACCUGUAUGAAAUGUAGGCAAAUAUAUGGAAUCUCUGUGAUACAUUUUCUGUGUAUACUAAAUUGACUGUAGUUUUGUAUGGCUCCUUUAAUUCCUCGGCGAGUUAAUAGUGUUUGUGUUUGUCAAUUAUGAGAUGAAAAUUAUAUUGUUGAAGAAUUU